UGACGUCAUAUGGAGGCGCCGGCGGCUCCGAAUGCGACGGAGACUACACGUGAGCCAUGGAUACACCGCUGAGGCGCAGCCGGCGGCUUGAAGGCUUAAAACCUCUGUCUGUAGAGCCCCUUCGUGACCCCGCAGUUUCCCGAGCGAGACGGGCCCUUGUGGAGUUCAAGUCGAACCCAGACGAAAGAAGCGAGCCCAAGUCUCCCCAACCUCGGCCGGAGACAAGUCCCGGAUCACCCUGUCUGAAAGAGGAUGCAGUCUUUGGGCUCCUCCAAAGGCAGCCAGAGCCUGGACCCGGGUCCCUCCAACCACAGCAAGAUCUGGGCCUGGAGUCACCCGCAGGACAGACAGAACCGAGUCCGGAAUGCCCCCAACGAGAGGAGUCAUCCAAAUCUUUUCCCACAAAAGGAGAACUGGACUCAGAGGUGGUGCACGCUAAGGAGUUGAUCCCAGGAUCCCCAGAGCCUUGCCCGGGCCAGCAAGCACCGGGUCCCGAGCCCUCUCAGCCAGUACAGGAGCUGACAUCCCAGACAUCCAGCUUCCCAGAGCGCCAGCAGGAACCAAACAGGCCACCUCCGGCUGGCAAGACGGUGACAGGAGGCCUCGACGUAAAGAAGCGAGUUAUACCUUCUCCCCAGGCCCCGGCGCCCAAGAAAUUGAAGGAGAAGGAGGAGCUUCCUGUAAUCCCGAAGGGGAAGCCCAAAUCCGGGCGCGUGUGGAAAGACCGCUCCAAGAAGAGGUUCUCCCAGAUGGUUCAGGACAAGCCCCUGCGUACCUCCUGGCAACAGAAAAUGAAAGAGCGACAGGAGAGGAAGCUGGCCAAGGACUUCGCCCGGCACCUAGAGGAGGAGAAACAGCGGCGCCGGCAGGAGAAGAAAGAGCGCCGAGCUGAGAACCUGAAGCGCCGCCUAGAGAAUGAACGAAAGGCUGAGAUCGUGCAAGUGAUCCGAAACCCCGCCAAGCUCAAGAAGGCGAAGAAGAAGCAGCUGCGCUCCAUUGAGAAGAGAGACGCCCUGGCUUUGCUCCAGAAGCAGCCGCCCCAGAGGCCUGCAGCCAAGGUCUGAGCUCACAACAGCCCGGAGCCUCCACAAGCCACCUCUCAGCUCACUGUCAGACAUCUCUCCUGGGGCCAGCACACCAUCUCUGUAGCUUUAAGACAGGACCAGCAUCCCAGAGGGCAGGGGAGAUUUAGCUGUCUCCAUCUCUUUUCAGGUCUUUGCCAAAGUGCCUUAGGGCAGUGGUGGUGCACACCUUUAAUCCUAGCACCGGGGAGGGGGUGUGCAGGGACAGGCAGACCUCUGAGUUUGAAGCCAACCUGGUCUACAGAGAGAGUUCCAGAACAACUAGGGCUACACAGAAGCCCUGUCUCCAACAAUAACAACAACAAAAAGGUCUUGAACUGUGAAUCCUGUUCCUCAGUGAGCUGGUGGCUAACCCCGUCUCAGGUCCUGGGUCUAGCCCACACCUGGAGGCCAGAUGUCAGAAGUCUGCUCCUCCAUUUUCCCAAAGGCCAGCCACCUGGCCACUAGAAUUCUUCACACUCUGUCCACUCGGCUGACUGAAACCAGCCCCUUCCUGUAAAGUGGGGAGGUUGCAGAACUGGGGUCCCCUCUAACAUCCCUUUCCCACACUGGACUGUAGAAGCCUUAGGACUCGAGCUGGGCUCACCUGGUCUUCCAUAGAAAUGUUUAUUGAUGUCUGCACAAGUACAGUCUGGGCUUUCAAAAAGACACAAGUCCCUGCCCCAUUGGGCUUCCAUUCUUACAAUAAACAACUGAAACGCA